AGCGGGGGGAGGCGGUGCCGCCGCGGGGAGAGCGGCCCAAGGUCGGUGGGCGGCGGGGGGAGGCCAGGCCAGGCGCUGCCCGCAGAUGGAGUACGACUGGCUGGGCUUCGGCUACGCGGCGCUGGUGGCGGCGGGCGGCGUCGUGGGCUACGCCAAGGCAGGCAGCGUCCCUUCCCUGGCCGCCGGGCUGCUCUUUGGCGGCUUAGCGGGGCUCGGCGCCUACCAGCAGUCCAAGGACCCCAGGAACGUGUGGCUUUCCCUCGUGGCGUCUGGAACCUUGUCUGCUGUUAUGGGGAUGAGAUUUUACAACUCCAGAAAAGCAAUGCCUGGGAUAGUUGCUGGUGCCAGUUUGCUGAUGGUUGGACGGCUUGGAUUGCAGAUCAUGGAAAAGCCUCUUAAGCCCUAAGUCUGCAUCAAGCCACCUGAAGAUACGUGAUUGAGAAGCCUGAAAAUGCAACGGCCUAAAUGUGCUGCAGAAAAGUGGAAAAGGCACUGCUGUCUGUGCUUUGUAUUUUUCAUAUCCUAACACAUGUGGGUUGUGGUUUUAAAGGACUGACAUUGAGAGCCCUUGCUAUGUCUUCCAAAAUGGUAUUUGUCUUAACAUUCUCUGUACGGUGAGGAAGGAAAAUGCGUGUACAGCAUUAGCCUAGCUUCUGGUCCUGCACCUUUCUGUGGGCAAAGACCUCUUGACACACAGACAGUUGCAGGACUGAAGCUUAAAUGUACAUCUGGAGUUGUUCUAAAAUCAUCUAUAACACUAAAACAAGGGGAGGGGAGUUGUCAAUUUGUCACCAGUAAUUAAUGUAACAAACGGGCUUAUUACUACUUCUCCCUGUCCCUGCCAGUUUAUCUGAUCAUGAUGUUUGUCAGUCAGGGACUUUGUUCUCCCAGCACUGUGUGCUGGGACCCAGUCCCACAAAACACGAUGAGGAGCAGGCUGUCGAGGUUCUGCUGUAACGCAACGAACACAGACCUGUAACGUGCAAUUACUUGUAAGCAGAAGUGCCCAGCUAAGUGUCACUCAUUUCACUUUUACAGAUUGUUGUUCAUAAAUCAAAAAUAUGCUUUAUUAGAUAAUGCUGAAUUGUAGGAAUAGCUCUUGCAUUAAAAUGUUAUUCUAAAUAAACCAACAAAUUAUUAUUACAA